AUGUCCUACAGCUCUAUGUCCUACAGCUCUAUGUCCCACAGCUCUAUGUCCCACAGCUCUAUGUCCCACAGCUCUAUGUCCUACAGCUCUAUGUCCUACAGCUCUAUGUCCUACAGCUCUAUGUCCUACAGCUCUAUGUCCUACAGCUCUAUGUCCUACAGCUCUAUGUCCCACAGCUCUAUGUCCCACAGCUCUAUGUCCUACAGCUCUAUGUCCUACAGCUCUUUGUCCCACAGCUCUAUGUCCUACAGCUCUAUGUCCUACAGCUCUAUGUCCUACAGCUCUAUGUCCCACAGCUCUAUGUCCUACAGCUCUAUGUCCAACAGCUCUAUGUCCCACAGCUCUAUGUCCCACAGCUCUAUGUUCCACAGCUCUAUGUGGUGGUACCAGUUCAGACCACCAGGGGGCUUGAGUGUUCAGUUUGUUCAAUGUGUUCAUGUUUCAUGA